GAUUGGAUAAAAUCAUCCAAGGUAGAUCACUCUAAUAUUUUGAUUGGCAAGAGAUAAAAUGACAGCACCUGUUGUAUACAUUACCAGAAUAGAAACGUUCAGCGCCUGUCAUAGGUUACACAGCUUGGAACUUGGGGAGGAAGAAAACAAAACUAUAUUCGGAAAAUGUAACAAUCCAAACGGACAUGGGCAUAAUUACAAAGUGGAAGUUACUGUCAAAGGACCGGUUGAUCCAGUAACAGGAAUGGUCCUGAAUAUUGUAGAUCUAAAGAAGUUUAUGCAGGAUGCCAUUAUGGACACACUGGAUCAUAAAAACAUUGAUAAAGAUGUUCCAUACUUCAAAGACAAAGUGAGUACAACAGAAAACUUAGCUGUGUUUAUUUGGAGUGAAUUACAGAAGAAAACACCUAAGGACCUACUUUAUGAAGUCAAGAUUCAUGAAACAGAUAAAAAUGUGAUAGUCUAUCGAGGAGAGUGAUAGAAGGAUAUUGUGUAAUUCAUGAAAAAAUUUGAUUUGAUUCCCAUUUUUGCUGCAUCACAGUCAAUGAAACGGGUAAGCAGAUCAGGAAGACUAUUAAAUGUAUAAACUUAGUAAACUUGACAAUGCUGCAGUUUUUAAAAUUAGAUUUUGUUGUACCAAUUGUAUACUGUACAGCAUUAUUAUUAUUUACAUGUAGUUGUAUUUUUCAGUGAAAAAGCUUAUUUAUUUGUGAAGAAGCGUUUUUUGAGUGUGUGUGUUAAGAAUGGGAGUACCGUAUAUGAAUGUAAUGACAGCUUUGUACAUGUAACUGUGCUGGUAAUUGUUUAAUGUGAAUAGCAUGUAGUACAUUUGUUCGUCAUUGAUCCUUAAUCUUUUUUUGGGGGGGGUAUUUUUACUACAUAUUACAUUUAUAUUAUUAUUUAGAAUGCUCUAGCAUAAUCUCAUUUUUAUCAAAUACAAGAUAUUGGUUUUGUUUUAUCUUUUUAUACAAGUAUAACCAUGUUCCUUAAAAUACUGUAUAAUCACAUAUUUUCGUUGGGUCAAAUUUUCAAGGUUUGAAGAAUAAAAUAUUGGUUUGUGGGGAUUUGAUUUCUUGGUUGGAGAAUGUUUAGUAGUAAUGCAUAUGAAAUUUUACAUUUUGUGGUAGUCAUGAAUUCUUGAUUCUCUCCAUGGCUCGAAAACACCAAAAAUUAAACCCCCACGAAAAGUUAGAUUUCACAGUUUAAAACAUUUUUGAAUGCUCAUGAUAACUGUAAAGGUAUUACAUUUAGCGAUGUAUUCUAGCGAUUUUGGCGGAAAGCAGAGCCCACUAGUUCAAGUACACCGCUAAAUGUCUUGUAUAUUAACUGUUUUAACUCGCAAAUUCAGAUAGCGCUAAAUCAAAUCAACGCUAACUUGUUGAAAAUUGAAUUCCCGCCAAAUAUCGUACACGCCAAAUGUAAUACAUUUACAGUAUGUACAUAGUUAGUUUAUGUACAGAAACAGCAAUGCAUAGGUCUUGAGACCUAUUUGUCAACAGCAGCUUUUUGUGUUGAUUAAAUCUGAACAGUUUGAAUAAAAAUGCAUGUAGA